UAAACACUGAAUGUGUACCGCUGACCGGAUAGAGGAACACUUUAAUCGACGAUAAAUAUAUUGUACAUUACCGCCAUCACCAGUUUCCUAUCUAAAAGAUGACCGAAGACAACUCGUGGGUUUUCGAUUCCUUGGUGUGCUUUCUGCAUGGACCAGCUUGGAAUGCACCACUGCAAACAUUCAUCGAGGACAAAUCCAUAAUAUUUGACCCCAAUAUAAGUUCCGUUGAAGAUAAUCCAGAGUUCCGAAAGGUGCAUGACGAGUACAAAAAUCUGGUAGAUUACAUGCUCGGUUCCUUCAUGGAGGAAAUGCAAAUCACGCCGGAGCAAUUCGAGUUCGCCUGUUUGGAGGGCCGUAACACGGCGACCGAUACGGGCGUAGUGGAGGGAGAACCGACUGGUGGCAAUACGUUCUCCUUUCACCAGGGAUUGUUCCAGCAGAUUUGGGCUGCCAACGAUAUUCGAAUUUUCAUCCGCAUGAUGACGCAGCGCAAUGUGGAAAUUCAACUGCAAGCGUUGGAUUUGAUUGAACAGCGUCAGGCAUCGCUGGGUUCCGGUUCGGUUGAAAAGGAAGACAGCAAUAUCGAACCCGAACCGGCACCGGGUGUGGAGCUGUCUGAUGGGGAGCCGGUUCAAGACGAAGGACAUGUUGGUAGAACGGACAUGACAGGCCGUGAUUCAGCAGCCGAAGUCAAGAUGGAUCAAGCUAUCAUCAAAUCGGUGGAUGAAGGAAAUAAAGCCGAACCUUCAAUUUCACGGUCAAUACAUGAGUCACCAAUUAACGAUGGGGAAGAUGUGAAUGAUAAAUUUAAACGACUCAACUUGUUUUUUGUUCAGGAUACGGUAAACAACGAUGACAUGCGUACGCGGCAGGAAUAUCUGCGAUCACAGCGCGACAAAAUUCUUCAACUGAAGAAACAGGCUCGAGCUCGUCAGCUGAACGAAACUAUCAAGAAAAGUGAGCGACCCGCAUCGGCUCAGGUUGCCCAAAAGAUUCUGGAGAAUGGAACGACCGAUGGUUCUGCCGCACCGGAUCCCUCAGGUGCGUCGUUGCAGUUGCGCAAAAUGCUUGCCCAGCGACUACGAAGCGAAAUCGUUGAGCAGUAGCUGUUAGUCGUAGGUAGACUCUAAUUCUGUGGAGAUGUGAAUUGCAAUUUUUAAAUCUAUUCUUGACAGCUUGAUCGCAAAAAUUAAAAUUAUUGCUUCACAAUUUUUACAAAGCUCAGAAUUAUGUAGAAAAUGUACACCUAUACAAGUUAUUGAACAGAGUUGGAAUAAUUAUUUAUUGAAAAAUAUAUGCAGUUGAUUAAACAACUGAAAGAGCGCAAUGCACAGUGGUCCGAAACGGGAAAUUAGCGUGACAAAAAUAUUUUCACUAUUAAAUAUUACUCUUCUAAAUACAACUUUUCGAUAGAACGUUUCACAAAAAAGUUAGAACAAAAAAAGUGAUUUUUUGGGAGCCACCCUACUUUUACUCGGGAAAAUUAAUGUAACUCGAUCGAAUGAAGAGCUAGAGAGGUGCUUUUUUCAACAAAGUUGCUCGCAAUAAAAUUUCCUACAACUUUAUUGUACAACUAAAUCAUUUUGGAGUUGAAUUAAAAAAGUUAGAUUUCAGAUUUCGAUCUAAAUGAGAACCACCGUAGUAAUUUUUUUUCAUCAAAAGGAGCGUCAUUUGAUUACAAACAACUUUUGUGAAUACACCAACUACAAAAAACUAAUAUUGAACAGUGAAAAU